AACGUGACCUGCUGAAACUCAACUAUUGCAACAAUGGUGACAUCGGCAUCUAGACGCUUGGCUGUCGCCAUAUUCGCUAUCAUAGCCGGGCUGGUUCUCCAGGUUGACGGUGAGAAGCAAUGGUGGCGAACAACAACUAUCUACCAGAUUUGGCCGCGAUCCUUUAAGGACAGUGAUGGAGACGGAAUUGGCGAUUUGAAUGGUAUCACAAGCAAACUGGAACAUCUAAACGACAUGGGAAUAGAGACACUAUGGAUAUCGCCAAUUUUCAAAAGUCCACUAGUCGACAGUGGCUACGACGUCUCCGACUACUUAGCCAUAGACCCAAUGUAUGGGACUUUGGAGGACUUUGACAAUCUAGUAGCUCGCGCCAAGGAACUUGGAAUCAAAGUGGUUCUGGACUACGUUCCUAACCAUACCAGUACGGAACACGAGUGGUUUAAGUUAUCCGAAGCCAGUGUCGACCCCUAUACCGAUUAUUACAUGUGGCACGAGGGAAUUCUGGAUGCAAACGGUACCAGAAGACCACCAAACAAUUGGUUGAGCGUCUUCAACAGCGGAAGUGCUUGGCAAUGGAGCGACAAGCGACAGGCUUACUAUCUUCAUCAAUUUGAUGUAAGCCAGGCAGAUUUGGACUUCAGGAAUGAAGUAGUCAUUGAGGAAACCAAAAAAAUUAUUACGUACUGGCUGGAUCGCGGUGCUGCCGGUUUACGUAUAGAUGCACUGCCAUUUAUGUAUGAGGAUGUUGAAUUAAGAGAUCAACCAUUAUCAGGAAGAAACGUACCUCCUACUGACUAUUUCUACCGACUCCCUAUCUACACCAAGGAUUUGAUUGAGGAUUAUGAACUUGUUCAGAUAUGGAGAGAUCACUUUGAUGAAUAUAAUGCAAAGGCCAAUGAUGGUCUAGAGCGCGUCAUCAUUACCGAGGCAGUCGCGAAUGCAUCCUUGAUGUGUUUAUACUAUAAUUACGGCUCUGAUAUCCCGUUCAAUUUUCUCUUUGUUACAAACAGCGGUAUUCCCGUCGAUGCCAAAACUUUGUCACCUGCAGAAAUCAAGAAUAAGAUUGAUCAAUGGCUCGAGUACAUGCCUGAAGGUGAAACACCUAACUGGGUCCUUGGCAAUCAUGACAAAAAUCGCAUGGCCACGCGUUUCGGCUCCGAGAAGAUAGAUAUGCUAAACUUCAUUUUUCUCUUAUUACCUGGCGUCAUGACAGUUUACAAUGGUGACGAGAUCGGCAUGCCAAAUACGUAUCUAACUUGGGAGGAAACAGAAGAUCCUCAAGCCUGCAGCACUGAUCCUCAGCGUUAUCAGCCAUAUUCUAGGGAUCCUGAGCGCACGCCUUUUCAAUGGGAUGAUUCUACGUCAGCAGGAUUCUCUACGAACACCACGGUGUACUUGAAAGUGAACGAGAAUUAUCGUACACUGAAUUUAGCGGCGCAAAAGGCUGCUGAUAAGAGUUACUAUAAGAACUUCCAGGCAGCCAUGAGGCUCAGGAACACGACGGUGGCCAAAGAUGGAGACCUGAAGACACUCGUUAUCGGCGAGCAUGUCUUCGCCAUGUCCAGAGAAUUGGAUUGUCACGACCCCCUACUCGUUGUUAUUAACUGGUCGAAGUCUCCGGUAACAGUCAGUCUUGAUGACUUCAGUAACUUCAGUGAGAAGCUGCAAGUGCUUCUGUCGGAUGUUAAUAAUGAUCUCAAAGUUGGAGACACUGUAUCCAGGAGCAGCAUUACCUUGCAGGGUAAUGCAGCUUUGGUCUUAACGUCAUCUGACAUCACUUGCUCCGACUACUCGGACGUCUCAGAAGUUGCCUGUCUAAUAACAUCCUUGAAAUCCUUCUUCAACGUGUAAAUCAAAUUGAAAUUUGAUAAGGAAAUUUAAUAAGCGUUGGUUAACAAUGUGCUCAAAAAUUGAAUUCACAGUAGCUAAAAUUUAACUAUCUAUUUCUCACAAAUUCCAGGUGCUACGUAAAUGGAAUAAUAUAGUUUUAUGAUAAGCACACUGAGCGAGUGGAAUUAUUGGUGAUUAUUGUGAUCGGAUUGUAACUUCCUACUUCGACUUAAUGAAAAAUAGUGCGUGCCCAACUGAAUUCUCUACUACAACUGUUGGCUCGUUGUAAAAAUAACGGUUCAAUUUCAUUCAAAUGUGUUUCCAAGUAUAGGCUAUGAUAGAAGUUAGUCCAUGUUGAGCGACCAGAGUUUUCGGACAAGGCCGACACCGCCUGAUGGAUCUGUUCCAGUGUUUCAAACGUGCGUUCGGUAUUACAGAAUAUAACGGUGGCCUAGAGCAUGUCAUCUUUACCGAGGAUUAUAGCAACAUAUCCGUGAUCACUUUAUAUCAUCAUUAGGGUGCUCACAUCCCAUUCGAUUACUUCCUUAUCAGAAUGGCCGGUACCACCUUUACGGCUGAAAACCAGAGCCCUGCAAGCAUCAAGAGCAUCACUGAUGAACGGCUUGAGAAUUUAUCUGAAGCUGGAUGACCCAAGUGGGUCGUAAUUUUGAAUACAUUUUUGUGCUGUUAUGA